AUGUUUAUAAGCCACCUAAGGCCAAAGAGGAAUGCUGCACCAGAACUCUGCGACACCCUUCCUUUGCCGGUUUGUGAUUCAGGACAGCAGGAAAAUCUUCUCAUUGAAGCCAUCUUCACCGGAUACUCAGUGGAAGUGGUCGAUCCUCAGUCCAUUAAAAAACUAUGCCUGAAUGGAGGCUUUGGUCAAGGGCUUUCACUCGCCGGUAACGAUCCCGGUGGGAGCAGCAACGAACCAUUGAGCCUCUUUUUGGAAGAAGCAUUCUUUUUGAUGCACAAGUUGAAUAUUUUGAAAUUAAGGACGAUAUACGACAAACCGCUGAGUGUAGCAGAGGCCUUUGAAAGAUUCCGUCAAGUGAAAAAGGACUUUGUGGCCGGUUACUGUGGCUACUUAUACCUGAGAGCUAAGAACUGGGUGGUUAAAAGUGGAAUUAAGUUUGGCGGUGAUUUUGUAAUUUAUGUAAAAGGGCCUCAAUUCUACCACGCGUCGUAUAUCGUACUGAUUCGGGAAAUGUUAUGUGGUAAACCACACAGCAAUGCGUACACCGUUGAUGCGUUGGACUUCCAAGGAUUCAAUCGCGUAGCGGAGACGACGGCAAAGGACAUACUGUUUCUGGAAGUGCAUUACCCAGACUCGUUCGAUCUCGCAAACGAUGCCGAGUGUUUGGAGCGGCUUCAGGACAUACGGGUCGGAGAAACGUUUACAAAGCACCACAACUACAUCGCUGGCCGGAAUCAGCCAUUGUAGACUCUUAUAUGUCUGAUCGAUAUUCGAUUUUAUAUGAAAAAGGUUUCAGAUACAGUUUCUUUUCAAUAACAGUUCAGUUCAAUAACGAGAUUGUAUUUGAU